UGCUCGCGAUAAGUAGAUAUUAUGAUACUUGCCUGAAGCCUAUUGACAAAGAGGUUAAAAUAAAUUGGCACUCAUUGAUUUUAGGACUCGUGACAGGCGAAUUAAAUAUGUUAUCUCGUCCUACCUAGUAAUAUCUUGGUUUAUAUUUAACAGAUUAUACAAAGCAAACAUUAUUUGGAAGAUCUCUCAUUCAGACGGGAUCUGUCAGUCAUCAAGUUGUACGACCCAGUCAAACCGCCUUCUCUUGCAGCAAGCCUCGUUGUAAUGCAGAGCCGUCCGAUAAAAAGCGCUCCGGCGUCGGGUCGGCUAAGGAACAGGCGCACAAACGCCGUGCAUGAGAUCGAGGAUUGGGUGUUCAGUAACAGGGAGCUCGUCGCCGGAAAGAGCACCGAGCAGCGGCUGCUGCGAGCGCGCCUUAUGGAGCUCGGAAAGGAGCGGUUCAAGAUGAAGAGUAAAUUCGCGCACGACAUGCAGAAGUUCAUUGAUAAACAGAGUAAAAUUGGACUGUUUAAUAGAUCAGCGCGACCAGCCAGUGCAAGCGCGUUAGAGACACAAAAACAGAUGGAAAAGCGAUUGGUCGAGUCGGCACCAGUUCGCCGGCCGCUGUCGCCAAUUCCAGCUCGACCAAAGACGGUGCAGUUUCAAACAGACAUGGCAAGGGGCGGCUACUUAAAAACUGGAGCGGCGACUGUUGGUGACGAUGACAAGAACGACGCACUCAUGAGGGAGUUUGAGGAGACAUUCAUUCCGCUUCAGCCAAAUCUCUCCACUGGCAUCCCCUUGUCUGUGUGGUCGCGGCCAUCCACAGCCGGCAACGAAAGGUUCGGCAGACCGGAUAUCGGAUAUUCUUCGGGAGAGCCGAACCGGACGAGCACUGCGGACAUAAACAAGAUUAAUACUUGUAAAAAUAAACUGCCGAGAGUUACUAGCGAUCCAAGAUUUUCUAAACUUCAGACGUGCUUAACGGAGAACUAUACAUCCAACGUGAAGUGCGACGUCGCCACGCUCAUUCAGAAAAAGGAAUCACUCCGCGUGCCUUUACGCACCGGAAGUAAGGAAGCGAGGAGGGAUUUGGAAAUCAAAAUUCAGUUAUUCAUGAAGGAAAACAAUAUUGUGUUUUGAGUACCGAAAAUGACAAAUAGUGAUGUUGUUUUGUGUUCGGUCUUUAUUUGAUUUCAUUUACAGGUACAAAGUACAUGUAACGAGUUAUUAAAAAAAAUCGGUUAUGAUA